GCAAGUGCUUGGAAGAUCUAGAAUUUUUACUAAAUCUAGUACUGCUAGGGGUUUAGAACGUGUGUUGCUGGCCGGAAAUCAUGGCGUCGGAGCCGAAUUAUACUGAGCUAUUGCCGAACGAGGUGCUGUGCAUGGUGUUUGAUCGUCUGGAUGUGAAGAAUGUAAAGAACUGUUCACUCGCCUGUAAGCGUUGGAAGGACAUCAUCUUCUAUAGUGACUAUGUGAAACGAUUCGACAUCAACAUAAGUGUAUUCAGUAAUGCGGCCUCAAAGACAAAUCCCAUCGAGUCACUGCUGCAGAAGGCGAAUCAACUGGCGCAUACAAAUCGAAGCUAUCGUAAUUUUUCUUUCCUUCUGGUGCAAGGUAUGGAACCUCUUCAACCGAUUUGGAAGAUUAUUCACCCAAAGCAUACCAGCAACAUGUACUCGCUGUAUCUGAAUUACAUUUUUGUUCCGAUAAUGGAUAUGCUCCCAAUGGUGAUUGAUGCGAUCCCGUCGAUGGCCCUGCUGCGAACGCUGGGUGUCUUGGAGGAGAUCAGCGUGCGGCGCAACAUUAGCCAAUACAAACGCCAAGAGAACAUACCACAGAUUCGAAGUGCAUCGCUCAAGGAGCUGACAAUGCACUGCAAAUAUAAGUACACGAUUGACACGCCGGAACUGAAAGUAUUUAAAGGCGCACUGAGCGGACUUCUUCCACCGGACGGUGGCGAUACGGAAGCGCUUGUGCUCGCCAAGUUGCAGCAUCUGGAGAUAACAGUGGAGAGCUGGCAAUCACCUGACCAAUCCAUCGUUCGCCGCGUGCCGAAUCUAGUGAAAAUCAAUUGGGACAUUCCCGUGGCGGAAAAUCUCUUCGUUGCCAUGUGCAACUCAUUCCCAUCAUUGAUCGAGGCACGCUUUUCCAAGGAACUGUUUAUUUCACGUCCAAACGUACUGAACCAUCUCUCUAAACUUGCGCAGCUUCGUCGGCUAUUUUUUUAUAUAAUCGAUAUAGAGCAGGAUGUGUUUGUUGACUUGUCGGAAUUAACCCAUCUGGAGGAGCUCGAUCUGGGAUUUACUCAUGUAAUGCCCAUCAGUUUGCUGAGUUUUAGCAAGACGAUUAAAAAGCUUGGCCUGCACCUCACUGCGAGCAAUGGACACAGUCUGAUGGAAAUCAUUACACGGAACUUAAUGCAGCUGACGGAACUGGGUUUAGCGUGUCAUUCCGCUCCGCUAUCAACUAGUGUCCUGAAAACUUUACCCUCACUGCAACAAUUGGAGGUACUCGUGUUCUCCCAUUGCCAUCUCAAAAAAUCAUUUUUCCACCAAAUGAACGCACCCAUGCAUCGACUGCGAUCUUUGCGCUUUCGCCAUUGUGAACUCGAAACGACACAACUUCUGGGACUACGGGACAAGUUCCCUAAUAUAAAGAAUCCGGAGUUCGAUGAGUGCAUAAGUAGCAUCGAAUCGGAGGGCGAUAGAGACCAAAACGAUGGUAUCCAAGAGUUCUUGUUUGCUUUGGCAAGUCAGCUACAAGAAGCAUUCCGUUUUUAACACGCUGGUUGUGUUAUGAACUUUACGCAAAUCUUGUAGCCAUUCGUUUACUCAAUGAUACACAUUAGCAUAAGUAUUUGUUCACGAAUUACCGGAGAGGCGCUCCUAUCUAGCGAAGAGAAGAUAAUGCUAGUUACGUUGAAAACUGCCGUUGCAGUUGAAUAUCAGCAUUUACCAUACCACAGAUGAUGUA